GCUAUGAUGAUCACGGACACGUUAACAUGUUUCGUAUUCAUUGUCGGAACGGUGUCCGCAGCCACGAGUACCCCACCGGAUAACAAAGGCCUCGAGUUUGUUUUGAUGUUCAUGGAAAAUCAGAAACUAGGCGCUCAAGUAUUCCCGUUAGAGCUGUAUUGCACCACACAAGAGAAGAAACCAGUAAAUGUUCAUGUAACAUCGCCGAAAUGGAGUUCUCCGAAAGUUGAUGAGACAUUUUCGGUUACCGAUGGCCAAGUUCAUAAGACUUUAAUUGACACAGCGUUCCGAAUGACCGGAAGUACUGUUUCCUCGAAAGCAGUUCUUAUCAAAGCGGAUGCGGAAAUUGCGUGUUACGGUGCUAACAAGGAAACGUUGUCAAAUGACGUAUAUCUUGGGUUACCAGUCGAUGCUCUUGGUACCGAUUAUUACGCAAUGGCUUAUAGUCCAGCUAGUGUUAAAACAGAACUCGGAAUAGCAAGUACGGAAGAUUCAACUAACGUUAAAGUCACGUUACCUACUGGACAUGGGGCUGUAGACGUGGUGUUCAAAGGGAAAACGUACCAUGGUGGAGAUGUUAUUAACGUUUCUUUACAGAAAUAUGAUACUCUUCAAUUGCAGAGUACUGGCGAUCUCACAGGUGCCCACAUAGAGACUAACAAGCCUGUAGCAACAUUCAGUGGUAACGUUAAGACAAACGUAGGCAAAGGAACCUUUCAGGAUCAUCUUGUAGAACAGCUGUUACCAUCAGACAGAUGGGGUGAAAAGUUUGUUACUGCUCCGAUUCCUGGAAGAACCGUCGGCGACGUGUUUAAAGUGGUUGCACGUGAGGACAACACAGUCAUUAAUGUUCCUGGAAAACCACCAAUUAACUUAAAUAAAGGAGGUGUAGCAACAUUUGAAUUACCCUCCGAUCACUACAACUAUAUCACAUCAACAAAACCAGUCAUGAUUGCACAAUUUGUCAAGAGUCAGCAACAGUCAACAGAGCCCGCCGAUCCAUCCAUGAUGAUAAUACCGCCUUACGAACAAUUUGGUUCCGACUACACUUUUACCACACCCGAAUAUUCACAUCCAGAAUACGGAAACGAUUCAACAUUUCGAUACAAGAACGAGUUCAUGAUUGUUACAAAGAAAUCAGAUAUUCAGGGACUCUUGCUAGAUGGUAAACCUUUCCCAAAGACUACUUGGACAGAUAUUCCAGGUACAAACUUGGUCGGAUCUUACGUUACACUUCCUCACGGGCCGCAUACUGUCCGCCAUUCAAAUCCGUUGUCAACGUUUGGAGGAUAUCUGUAUGGCCAUGCUUACCACGAGUCAUACGGCUUUCCUACUGGGAUGAGAACUGCGGUUAUAUACUCUAAUUGUACACCUACUGUCAGUGUACCUGGAGACGGCAUAGACAACGACUGUGAUAACAAAAUAGACGAAGAACUUUGUCCAGACAAUAUCGAUGAUGAUGGAGAUGGCAAAAAGGAUGAAGACUGCGUGAAAACAUUCCCAAUCGAUGGAUUGUGGGGAAAAUGGUCUCAAUGGAGUAACAAAUGUUCUGUCACAUGUGGUGACGGAGUGCUCAGCCGCACACGGAAGUGUGACUCUCCACCUCCAAAGUUCGGUGGAAAAAAUUGUACCGGAAAUGAUCAAGAUACAAAAUCAUGUUAUGGCGGCCAACCUUGUGGAAUUGAUAUUGCUGCUAUAUGUGCUGCCAACAGUAGUUCUGUGGUACCAAAUCCUCUAAAUUGUGCACAGUAUUACGACUGUACCAGGAAGUCACCGUUUGGGAAACUGCAUCUCUUCGAGUGCCCGUACCCCCAGCUGUUCAAUAAUAUAACCAUGAAAUGUGACAACUUUGAAAAUGUAAACUGCGAUAGACGCCAGGAGCCCAUGGCACCAUGUGAAUAUGAACAGAACAAAUGCAAUGGAUCGGAUCCGAAUUGUAAGCCCUGUCCAGUUCGCUUAUACAGCUGUGUCGGAGUCGACGACGGCAGACAACCACAGUCGGUGUUUGCACCGGAGUACAAAGACUGCAAAAAGAAUAGGACUAUGGGGCAAGGAAAAUGUGACUUCGGAUAUUUCAACCCACAGGCGCAUAGAUGUAUGCCUCAUAAUCCAGGUACUUUGAGUUUCUACUGCCGCCAGCACAAGACGGACAAACUGGCAAUACCAACUAAUUGUGCAAAGUUCUAUAACUGUGCUAAGACAGGGCACACACUGUCAGAUCUAACAGAUGAAUGCACGUACCCGGAUCUUUUCUCGAUGGAUACCGGACAAUGCGAAAAUUUUACCACCGUUCAAUGUAAAACAAGACCGGAGCCACAAGCUCCAUGUGAAUAUGAUCAGAAUAAAUGUCCACCAACCAAUAGUACGUGCAUAUGUCCAGAUGAACACGCAGAUUGUCGCGGCCAAGCUGAUGGCAUCGAACCAUGGACAGGCAAGUUAUGGGGACCAAAGUAUUCCAAAUGCCUCCUUAAUAGGACCAUGGCACAAGACAAAUGUCCAGCUGGACAAUAUUUUCAUCCUGUCCAGAAGAAGUGUACAGAUACUGUAAAACCAUCUGAAGUUAAGAAAGUAUGUCAAGCCAAUCCGAUCAUGGUGUUCCCUGACAGCCAGAACUGUGCCAAAUAUAUAGAUUGCUCAGCAUCGAACUCGCCGCUCGGCAAUUACAUCAUGGAAUGCAAGUACCCAAAGUUAUUCUCCACCAAGACUAGCCAGUGUGAAGACUUCAAAACAGUUCAGUGUGACAAAAGAAGUGAACCUCAAGCCCCAUGCGACUAUGAUCAAAAUAAAUGUGCCCAAGGUAACACAACUUGCUCCUGUCCAGACAACUUACCCAGCUGUGUUGGUAAGAGUGACGGCGACCACGCCUUCCCGACGAGAAUGUGGAAACCAGACUAUAUCAAAUGUGACAACAACAGAACCAUUCUACCGGCCAAGAAAUGCACAAAAGGAUAUUUUCAUCCUGUCCAGAACAAAUGCAUGGAAGAUGUUGCCAAGCCGGAUGCACAUCAAUAUUGCAAAGCAAAUCCAAGUGAUGUUAUUACCAUGCCUGAUAACUGUGCACAAUAUAUAAACUGUUCAGUAGUUGUUACCAUGGCAACAACGUCUGAUCCAGUACAAGAAUGCAAGUACCCGGAUUUGUUCUCCAUUCAGUCAAUGUCAUGCCAGGACUUCACUACUGUCAAGUGUGAUAAGAGGAAAGAACCACAAGCGCCUUGUGAAUAUAAACAAAAUAUUUGCCCGAAAGGAAAUACAACUUGCCAGCGGUGUUUAGACCGGUUGCCGAGUUGUGUCGGUAAACCUGACGGUGACCAUGCAUUUCCAACGAGAAUGUGGAAACCCGACUACAUCACGUGCAACAAGAACAGGACUGUGAUACCAACUAAGCAUUGUACGAAAGGAUAUUUUCACCCUACACACAAGAAGUGCGAAGAGGAAGUAAAGAAACCCGAUGCUAUGCCAUAUUGCCAAGCAAACCCGACUUCAGUGGUGCCUAUGUCGGACAAUUGUGCGCAGUAUAUAAAUUGUAGUGUGGUACGAUCCUCUGGAUCGGCUGCCGACCCAGUACAGGAAUGCAAGUACCCGGAUCUCUUCUCGACCACAACCAUGUCCUGUCAAGAUUUUACAACGGUACAGUGUAAAAAUCGAACUGAACCCAAAGCUCCAUGCGAAUACAAACAGAAUCUGUGCCGCCCGACGGAUACAAAUUGUGUUCCGUGCCAGGAUAGAUUACCAUCAUGUGUUGGUAAAAUAGAUGGGAACCAGGCUUUCCCGUCCAGGAUGUGGAAACCAGACUACGUCACCUGUAACAAGGACAGGACGAUUAUACCGACAAAGAAAUGCACCAAGGGUUACUUUCACCCCGUGCAGAAACACUGCAAGGAGGACGUAAAAAGACCUGACGCGAAGUCGUACUGCCAAGCCAAUCCAAAUGACGUUAUUCCACUUCCGGAUAAUUGUGCGCAGUAUAUAGACUGCGCAGUUGUUAAUGGCGGAAAUUCUGCUGAUCCUGUGAAGGAAUGUGUGUAUCCUGAUCUGUUCUCUACAUUGUCAAUGACUUGCCAAGAUUUCACGACCGUUACCUGCGACAAGCGGAUGGAACCACAAGCUCCUUGUGAAUAUGAUCAAAAUAAGUGUGCACAAGGCAAUACAACUUGCUCCUGUCCAGAUAACUUACCCAGCUGUGUUGGUAAGACUGACGGUGACCACACCUUCCCGACGAGAAUGUGGAAACCAGACUACAUUAAAUGUUACAAAAAUAGAACCAUUCUACCGGCCAAGAAGUGUACAAAGGGGUAUUUUCAUCCAGCUCAAGAAAAAUGCUUGGAAGAUGUAUCAAAGCCUGAUGCCAAACUUUACUGCCAACAGAACCCAAAUGACGUCAUUCCUAUUGCGGAUAAUUGCGCCCAGUAUAUAAAUUGUAAAGCAGUUACCACGGGAACAGCGUCAGAUCCCAUCCAGGAAUGCCACUAUCCAGAUCUUUUCUCCAAACAAACGCAUACGUGUCGAAACUUCACCACUGUGAACUGCGAAAAAAGAAGAGAACCCAUGGCACCUUGCGAGUAUGAACAAAAUCUUUGUGUGAACCUCAAAAUAUCAGGGUGCACUACAUGUACGAACAGGUUACCCUCCUGUAUCGGUAAAGCUGAUGGCAACCAGCCUUUCCCGACCAAACUUUGGACAGAACAUUUCACACACUGCUACAAGAACAGAACUGUGGUUGAUCAGUGUCCCGCAGGGGCUGUAUUUGACCCAAACACCAGAACGUGCACAACAAACAUAACACAACGCAACAUUGAUUCAUAUUGCCAAGCUUACCCAACUGCAAUCAAGGCUAACCCGUUAAACUGUGCCCAGUACUACAACUGUUCGGACAAUUCGGCGCCCCUCGGACAUCAUCUAAAUGAGUGCACAUACCCGGAUUUAUUCUCGGAAUCAACAAAACGUUGCGAGCGAUUUGAUUCAGUCCAGUGUACAAAUAGAAGUGAACCAAAGGCGCCAUGUGAAUACAUGCAGAACCUGUGUCAACCAAACGAUAUUAAUUGUGUACGAUGUCCAAGCCGGUUACCAAGCUGUGUAGGUAAGAGUGAUGGGAACCAUGCUUUCCCAUCGAGAACGUGGAAACCAGACUACAUCACGUGUUAUCAGAACAGAACUAUCAAUGUAACAAGGUGCUCGCAGGGAUAUUUCCAUCCCAAUAAAGAAAUUUGUGCGAAAGAUGUCUCUAAACCUGAUGCCAAGUCUUACUGCCAUUCCAAUCACAACGACGUCGUGCCUUUACCGGACAACUGUGCACAGUUUAUAGACUGUACAUUGUAUAUAAAUGGCAAUGUAGCGGACCCGGUACAGGAGUGCAAAUAUCCCGACCUUUUCUCAACCAGUACAAUGCAAUGUGAGAAGUUUGAAACCGUCACUUGUAACAAGAGGAGAGAACCAAUGUCCCCUUGCGAGUACGAGAGGAACCUGUGUUCAGCAAAUGAUCCAGGAUGUGUACCUUGUCCAAAUCGGCUUCCGAGCUGUGUUGCAGUUGUUGAUGGCGCAAACACCUUCCCAGGCCGAAUGUGGAAACCAGACUACGUCACGUGCUAUAAGAAUAGAACAAUCUUACCAUUGGAUAAAUGUCGUUCCGGAUAUUUUCAUCCCGUUCAAAAGCGGUGUACUGACGAUGUUGCCAAAGUGGAUGCCAAGCCAUACUGCCAGGCCCACCCGCAUGAUGUUGUUCCAAUGAGCGAUAACUGUGCUCAUUUUAUUGACUGUGCCGCUGUAUUGGCCACGCCCACAUCAGAUCCGGUAUCAGAGUGUAAAUAUCCAGACUUGUUUUCGACUUUAUCAAUGGUUUGUCAGUCAUUCACCACAGUAACAUGCGAUCUCCGACCUGAGCCACAAGCGCCAUGCGAAUAUGAUCAGAAUAUAUGCAGCCCGGGAAACAGCAGCUGUGAAAUAUGUCCAGAUCGACUUCCAAGUUGUAUAUCUCUAACUGAUGGUGCACAACCGUUCCCGACAAAGUUAUGGACCAGGAACUAUAUUCAGUGUUACAAGAACAGAACGGUUGCAAUCACACAUUGUCCAGCUGGGAAUAUAUUUGAUCCUAAUACUCAAGCUUGUGUUUCUGAUGUGCCAAAAGGUAGAAUGGACAGCUAUUGUAAGGCUAAUCCAAGAGAAAUUAAAGUCGACCCGGAUAAUUGUGCACAGUAUUACAAUUGCUCUGAUCCGGCAGCGUCUCUAGGACAUUUCAAACAGGAAUGUAAAUACCCGGAUUUAUUCUCGAGUACAACAUUAACAUGCCAGCCAUUCAAUUCGGUCAACUGUCAGACAAGAAGAGAACCAAAGGCACCAUGUGACUAUGAAAAGAACCUUUGCAAGCCCAGUGAUACAAACUGUGAACCGUGUCCAGAUCGUUUACCAACAUGUGUAGGUAAAACCGACGGAGACCACGCCUUCACGACAAGAUUGUGGAAGCCGGAUUAUGUCACCUGUAAUAAAGAAAGAACAGUUGCUAUGAAAAAAUGCCAGAAAGGUUAUUUUCAUCCAACGAAGGAGAUAUGCACAGAGCAUGUUCAACCGACGGAUGCCAAACCAUACUGCACUGCUAACCCGCAGGCACUGAUCCCGGUUGAUGACAACUGCGCACAGGUGAUCAACUGUACAGCAUAUACAUCCCGGAGCAUGUCUGAUCCCAUCAUGGAGUGUCCAUAUCCUCAGCUGUUUUCCUUGAAUACAAUGAUGUGCCAGGAUUUUACUACAGUCACCUGUGACAAAAGGACAGAGCCAAAGGCACCAUGUGAAUACAAACAAAACAUGUGCAGUCCAAAUGACCGUACAUGUGUUGCCUGCCAAGAUAGGUUGCCAAGUUGUAAAGGGCUUAGUGAUGGCGAUCAUGCAUUUGCGACAAUGCUAUGGAAACCUCAAUACGUUACGUGCUAUAAAAGCAGAACAGAAUUGCCAACAAAGAAAUGUUCUAAAGGAUAUUUCCAUCCAGUAAAACAAAUGUGCACAGAAACAAUAGACAAACCGGACGCCUUACAGUAUUGUCAAGCCAACCCAGGAGAUAUGUUACCCGUAGAAACUGACUGUGCCAAAUACUAUAAGUGUUCCGCGUCCUUACUGGGUCAAGACGUUGUUCAGGAGUGCCACUAUCCAGACUUGUUCUCCAUAUUGUCUAUGACUUGUCAGGAUUUCACCACAGUUCAUUGUGACAAACGACCAGAGCCACAGGCACCAUGUGAGUACGAUCAGAAUAAAUGUCCGGCAGGAUAUACCUGUGAACCAUGCCCCGACCGGCUACCUAGUUGUGUUGGGCUUCCGGACGGAGAUCAACCUGCAGCUGGACACAUAUGGACAGAAAUGUACGUUCGAUGCUACAAGAACAGAACUUUGGAUGUGAAACAUUGUCCAAAUGGUGCCGUGUUCGAUCCUAAUAGAAUGGCAUGUGCGUCGAAGAUUAAAUCAGCGGAUAUAAAUUCGUUCUGCCAGGCAAAUUCACUAGCAAUAAAGGCACAUGACACGAACUGUGCACAGUAUUACAACUGUUCAAGUCCGAGAUCAAGGUUGGGAUCCUAUUUGCAAGAGUGUAACUACCCUGACCUGUUUUCAACAGUAACACAGCAUUGUGAAUCUUUUGAAUCUGUGCCAUGUGGAACAAGACACGAACCCAUGCCACCUUGCGAAUACCUCCAGAACCUUUGUAAUGGUUCGGAUCCAAACUGUCGGCCUUGCCAGGAACGCUUACCAAGUUGUGUUGGAUUACCGGACGGAAAUAAUGCUAUUCCUGGAAAACAAUGGCAGUCAAACUAUGUGGAAUGUAACAAAAACAGAACAGUAUCCGUCAAACAUUGCCAGUUUGGAUAUUUUCACCCAGUGACAAAGACAUGUACCGAAGUUGUUCAAAGAGUUGAUGUUAAGAACUUUUGUCAAAAUAAUCCGUCGGCAAUCGUUCCGGCAGAGGACGACUGUGCGCAGUAUUACAACUGUUCUCAGCCUGCGUCUGCUCUCGGUGCAUACACAGGGGAAUGUAAAUAUCCAGAUCUGUUCUCAUCCUUCACCAAGACCUGUGCUUCGUUCAGAAGGACAUUUUGUAAUACAAGACCAGAACCACAAGCACCGUGUCAGUAUGAACAAAACCGUUGUUCGCAGACGGAUCCUACCUGUUCUCCGUGUCCAGAAAGAUUACCAAGUUGUAUAGGUCUUCCGGACGGAGCUCAACCCCAUCCGACUCACCUGUGGAGCGAUAAAUAUAUUGAGUGCUUUACGAAUCGAACGAUGGCGGUGCGCACGUGUCAAACAGGAUAUUACCAUCCGCGGCAACACCAGUGUCGCACAAAGGUUGAUCCAGUUGAUAUCCAAGAGUACUGCAAGGUGCACGUGACUGACGUUGUAACGAAUCCCGACAACUGUGCCGUGUUUUACAACUGCUCUUCGCCUGAAGACGGUUACGUGACGGAGUGCAAGUAUCCGGAACUGUACGACACCAGUAUGAAGAUAUGUAGAGAUUUCUCCCAGGUUGCAUGCCAAACACGACCUGAGCCAAAGGCUCCAUGUCAAUAUAAGCAGAAUGUAUGUUCCGCUAAUGAUACAAGUUGUGUGCCAUGCCAGGAUCGGCUUCCUUCAUGUGUUGGACUCUCAGAUGGCAAUCAUCCGGUACCAGUUCAGCUGUGGGGAGCACAGUACAUCACAUGUUACAGAAACAGAACAGUUAACGUGACCCGGUGUCAAACCGGAUACUUCAAUCCAAGGCUGAGGGCAUGCGUUACUGUAAUUGAUAAACCUGACCUUACAGACUACUGUCGCACACACCCAGACGCCAUAUUGCCGUAUCCUGAUAACUGUGCACAGUAUGUUAACUGCUCCGAGAUAACAGCGCAGACUGUAGCUAUCAAGGAAUGCACAUAUCCGGAGUUGUUCUCUGCGGACACAAUGACGUGCACACGUUUCACGCGCGUGAACUGUGCCAAAAGAAUGGAACCCCAGGCACCAUGUGAGUAUGCACAGAAUCAAUGUGCACCUGGAGACAUGAAUUGUUCCCCUUGCCAGCAACGUCUUCCUAGUUGUAUAGGCAUGCCUGAUGGUGCCCGGCCUUUCACUGGCUUGGAAUGGACUGAAAACUAUAUUGAAUGUUUCAAGAACAGAACUAUGGCUCUAGACAAAUGUCCGAUCGGAUCCGUAUUUGAUUCAAUAGAUUUAUCAUGCACUUCUAAAAUUGACAAAAAUGCCAUACAGUCGUUCUGUCGAUUCAACAACCACGCCGUUCAGGAACACCCCGAUAAUUGCGCUCAAUAUUUUAACUGUUCCAUGCCGGGUUCUCCGCUAGGACCGUUCCUAAUGGAGUGUGACUACCCAAAGCUGUUCUCACCUCAGCUCAAUGGGUGUGUUAACUUCGAAACAGCUCAGUGUGGCAGCAAAACAAUACCUCAAAGACCAUGUGACUAUCUAAACAAUCUUUGUGCACCACAAGACCUUACUUGCACCCCUUGUCAGUCUCGACGUCCUAGUUGUGUAGGUCUUUCCGACGGAUCACAGCCGUUCCCUGGUCGUACCUGGCAAGCUGAUUAUAUAAAAUGUUACAAGAACAGAACUAUUUCUGUGGAGAAAUGCCAACACGGAUACUUUCAUCCUCAACAACGCACGUGUGUAGAAGUAAUUAGUCAAGUGAAUAUAGUCAGCUAUUGCCAGGCGCACUCGAGAGAUAUUGUAUCAGACCCAAGCAGUUGUUCCAGGUAUUUUAACUGCUCAGACGUUAGUUCGCCACUGGGUCCUUACCAAUCGGAAUGUAAAUAUCCCGAUCUAUAUUCACCUGCAGUCCGAGCUUGUCUUCAGUUCGACACUGUGGAUUGCCACGGACGACCAACACCAGUCUCGCCAUGCGAAUAUGCCCGGAAUUUAUGUGAUCCAGCUGAUGCUUUAUGUACACCGUGUAAUAAAAGGUUCCCGAGCUGCAGAGGCCUUCAAGAUGGAAAAAAUCCUGCGCCCGGACCACUCUGGACACAAAAUUACAUAGUUUGUCUGAAAAACAGAACGUUGUCUGAAAAAAAAUGUAAACAAGGUCAUUUCAAUCCAAGAACAAAAGAUUGUGAAACACAUAUUUCUCCAGUUGAUAUAGUACAGUACUGCCAGUCUAAUCCCCGGGCAGUUGUGCCCGUCCCAGACUCGUGCUCACAGUACUAUGACUGUCCCCAUGUUCUAGUUACAUCCGGCGAAGUGAGCGAAUGCAAAUAUCCAGAUCUUUUCUCAACAACAUUACUCAAGUGUGAACAAUUUGAAACGGUCUUCUGUGGAAACAGGAAGGAACCACAAGCACCGUGUGAGUACACCAAGAAUCUGUGUCCAACAAGUGAUCCUCAGUGUGUCCCCUGCCCAGCAAGGCUGCCAAGCUGUGUUAGUCUUCCAGACGGCUCACAGACAUUCGGUGUGCAAGAAUGGGCAACAAAGUAUGUAGACUGCUACAAGAAUAGAACUGUGUCUAUCAGUCAAUGUCCUCAGGGGUCUUUCUUUAAUCCAACAAGUCGACGAUGUACACAGAAUAUAAAUCAAGUGGACAUUUUAAGUUUUUGUCACGCCUACCCUACGGCAGUACGACCACACCCAACAAACUGUGCACAGUAUUAUGAUUGCUCUACGGGAGCGUUUGGAGGCAGCCAGAACAGAGAGUGUCCGUAUCCUCAACUCUUUGACACAGUGGCAUUGACCUGUAAGCCGUUCACUGAUGUACAGUGUGGAGUCAGAUAUGAACCAAAAGCUCCAUGCGAAUACAAGGCUAAUCAGUGCAGCCAAACACAACCUUCAUGUGUACCAUGUACAUCACGGCAGCCAUCAUGCGUUGGUCUAGCGGAUGGGAACCAACCAUUCCCAGAAUCGUCGUGGACACGGCAAUAUGUGGUCUGUAAUAAAAACAGAACAACAGUUGUAUCUCAAUGUCCGGGCACCAGCAUCUUCAACCCAAAUACGAGACAGUGUAUAGAAACAAGAGAUAUCACAAAAUAUGAAAUCGUAGAUUAUUGCAAAGUAUAUCCAAAUGCGGUACUUCCGGAUCCGGAUGAUUGUUCCCGGUAUUACAGAUGUAGUUUAGCAACAACUUCCGUAAGCAGUAGCCAUCAACAAUGUACUUACCCAGAUCUGUUUUCACCCUCCAACAGCCGAUGUAUUCCGUUUUAUACAGCUCAGUGUGGUUCUAGACCGGAACCUACUGCUCCAUGCCAGUACGACCAUAACAAAUGCCCUCCGAGUGAUCAAACAUGCGUGCCGUGCCAGAUCCGGCAUCCGGACUGUACUGGCUUACUUGAUGGAAAUGAUGGUAUUCCGGGCAUGCUAUGGUCCGUUAACUACGUUAAAUGUCAGUCCAACAGGACCAUGGAGGUGAAAAGAUGCACACAGGGGGUGUUUGAUCCGAAUAUUCGAGCAUGCAGUGUGCACGUCGGGCCACAACACAUAAACGAUAUGUGCUUUGCCAACCCUCGAGCUAUUGUCCCACACCCAACGAACUGUGCUCAAUAUUUUGAUUGUUCCAAGACCAACACACCAUUUGGCCAUUAUCUCAUGGAAUGUGACUAUCCGAUGCUGUUUGACGAGCAGUCUCUUCGAUGCAGAAAUUUCUUUGAUGUGAGAUGCGGGACGAAAUUUGAGCCAAAAUCACCAUGUCAGUAUUUCCAGAAUCUAUGUCCAGUUGGCAACAGCACAUGCGUACCAUGUGCUGAUCGCCAUCCGAGCUGUGUCGGCCAUCCCGACGGAAAUGACGCAAUACCAGGUCAAGCAUGGUCUCGCGAGUAUAUGACAUGCUCGAAGGAUCGUACCUUAUCAACUCAUACCUGCCCAGCUGGACAAUUUGAUCCCUCGACAAGAUCAUGCACCACCAAAAUAAAUCCUGUGGAUAUUCCGAGUUAUUGCAGUUCAAACCCUGGGGCAGUCUUACCAGAUCCCUCAAAUUGUGGGCACUACUUUAACUGCAGUGAUCCAGUCAACAAUUACAGACACGAAUGUACAUAUCCCCGUUUGUUCUCAGACAAGACUUCAAACUGUGAAGAUUUCCAGUCCGUACUCUGUGGUCAACGUCCAGAACCACAGACACCUUGUGAUUAUACACAGAAUCAGUGCCAUAUUGGAGACAAUGGUUGUAUUCCGUGCCAACAAAGGCAUCCCUCAUGCAAAGGACUACCAGAUGGUAUAAACGCUGUACCUGGAAAGUUAUGGACAGAUCAGUAUGUACAGUGUCUCAAAAACAGAACACUUGUCGUGCAGCACUGUAAAACUGGACUUUUCGAUCCCUCAGUAAAGAAAUGCGUUGAGGAUAUAGACCCUAACAAAGUAAACCAAGUUUGUCAAGCUAACCGUCAAGCCAUUUUCCCGGACCCAACAAACUGUGCAAAGUAUUAUGACUGCGGGAUGACUCUUGGAUUUGGCCUUGGUGUCUACUACCAGAAAGAAUGCACCUAUCCGCAACUGUUCUCAGCUAUAUCUAAAUCUUGUCAAAACUUUACGACAGUCCAGUGUUCUAGCAGGAUGGAACCCCAAGCUCCUUGCGAAUACGCACAGAACCAGUGCUCAGGAUCCUUUAAUUGUCAGCCAUGUCCAGACAGAUUACCAAGUUGUGUAGGGUCACCAGAUGGCGCCAAUGCCUUCCCACGCCGCCAAUGGACAAGUGAUUAUGCCAUCUGUUUAAAGAACCGGACACUAAAUAUUAGUCAAUGUUCAAGUCCGCUGAUAUUUGACCCAAUAUCUAGAGAGUGUGUUCAGUUCGUUGAACCAGCACAUGUACCAGACUACUGUAAGCUGAAUCCACGGGCAGUUUUCCCGAACACCAGAGAUGCGGCCCAAUAUUACGACUGCUCGAAUCCAAGUUCCCCGGUCGGCGUUCCAUACCUUCAAGAGUGUAAUUAUCCGGACCUGUUCGACACAGUGACCCUUAGCUGUAGAGACUUUACAACAGUGCCAACUGAUCAAAGGCCAAUACCACAGGCACCAUGUGAAUAUCAGAGGAACCGCUGUUCCCCUUCAAGUACUGGCUGUACACCGUGUCCACAGCGAUUGUACAGUUGUAUUGGACUGCCAGAUGGUCAUAACGCCAUAGAGGGGAAACAGUGGACACCAGAUUAUAUUGAUUGCCACCGCAACAGAACUGUAGGAACUAAUAAAUGUAACCAAGGCGUUUUUGACCCUAAUAAAAGACAAUGUGAAAUUCAGCCGACCUCAGGUCCAGUUACGAUACAAGACCAAUGUAGGUUGGAUCCCUCGAGAAUUAUUCCACACCCUGGAAGCUGUUCCCUGUAUUACAACUGUUCCAAGGCUGUCGCAUCGUUUGGACCAAUUUUACCGUUUCAGUUAGACGAAUGUGAAUACCCAAAUCUAUACUCCACGGUAUAUCAGAAAUGUCUGGAUUUCCAGUAUGUGAAAUGCGGUAAAAGGCACGAGGUCAAAGCACCGUGUCAGUAUCUCCAAAACCAGUGCAGCACGAAUGAUGCCACGUGCUCUCCAUGCCCAGAAAGACUUCCAAGCUGCAUUGGGCUUCCGGAUGGUAACAACGCUCUGAAUGGUCGUUCUUGGUCACGUGACUAUGUCCAUUGUUACAAAGAACGAACGCUUGGUGUGGAACAGUGUCAAAACGGAGUUUUCAAUCAAAAUAAAAGACGCUGUGAUGAUGGAAUAGACGACGGUGACGUUGGUGAUUAUUGUAAGAACCACCCACGUGAAGUUAUAUCUGAUUCGAGCAAUUGUGCCAAAUACUUUGAUUGUUCAAAAUCUGCAUUCAGGAUUGGCGUUGCCAUGCCUGGAGACUCUUACCUGGACAUAGAGUGUAAAUAUCCAGACCUGUUCUCAACUGUCACCAAGAAAUGUGAGCCUUUCAACAGAGUGACUUGUGAAAAGAGAAACGAACCUCAGGCACCAUGUGAAUACUCCCAGAAUUUGUGCCAGCCAGGUGAUUCAUCCUGCUUGCCGUGCAGCACGAGACUUCCUAGUUGUGUAGGAUUACCAGAUGGUCACGUGCCUGUCCCAGGGCGGGAAUACACAGACACGUAUCUCGAUUGUAAACAAAACCGCACGCUAUCUGUAAAGAAAUGUUCUAAUGGUUUCUUUGACGCAGGACUCCGUAUGUGUGUUACAAAAAUAAACUCGGCUAAUAUUGCGCCAUAUUGUAAGAGUAACACUGGAGCUGUAUUACCACAUCCAACAAACUGUGCUUGGUACUAUAACUGUUCGGUCACAGGCCGUACACUUCAAAGUGUAUAUCCCUUCGAUAUAGAAUACGUCCAAGAAUGCCAAUACCCAGAGCUAUUUUCUAGCGCCACGAUGAAAUGCGAACAUUUUCAAAGUGUUUCAUGCAGCGGACAUUUUGAACCACAAGCACCAUGCGAGUAUUUCAAAAACAGAUGUGAUCCAUCCAUAGCAAAUUGCAUUCCAUGUCCAAACAGGUUGCCAAGCUGCAAAGGUCUGACAGACGGAAGACAGACAAUAACCAACCUUUAUGACGGUCUUCAGUACCUUGUCGAUUGUUCUUUUAACCGUACAUUAUCGUAUAAAGUCUGUACAUACGGAAGCACAGAAUGUAAAGCCUUGACCACGCCCACUGUAACAACACAGGCACCUGUUACAAAACCUACCACACCAGUACAAGCACAGACAACCACGUCUCGGCCAAGUGUUUGUGCUCAGAAUUUUGGCCGCGUCGUCCCGAAUCAGCAUCACUGUGCCGAAUACUUCAACUGUACAAGAACUUCACCCCCGUACCUGUACGAGUGUCCGUAUCCACAAAUGUUUUCUGAAUUUACAAGAAGAUGCGAGGACUUCCACUCUGUGUCAUGUAACGGCAGGCCGGAAUUUAAAGCGCCUUGUGAAUACCAACAGAAUCUAUGUUCCGCUGGAGAUCUUACCUGUACCCCAUGUUCUCAAAGGCUACCAUCGUGUAAGUACCUUGCUGACGGGAACCAUCCAUUCCCCGGCCGUGAGGGCACAUCUAGCUACAUAACGUGCCAAAAGGGACGUACUGUUGCUGUGAGCCAAUGUCCCGGUGGUGUUGUAUUUGACAGAUACCUAGGACACUGUUCGGUACAGACAGUUGCCUCCUCUACAGCCACGCCUACAAUCAAUACAGGAGAUCCUAACUCUUACUGUAAAGCUCAUCCGUACGAUACUCUAGGAGAUGCGAGUAACUGCGCUAAGUACUACGACUGUCGAGACAUUUUCUCAACAACUUUCAUUUCUGCCAAGGAAUGUCCGUAUCCAUUGUUGUACCAUACAAUUAUCCGCGCAUGCGCAGAUUUCAAUAGUGUCAAGUGCCAGAAACGAUACGAACCCCAAGCACCGUGUGAAUACACGGAAAACCAGUGUCAGGGUGCUGGGUGUGUGCCGUGCUCUCAAAGAUUUGUGUCUUGUCUGGGGUUAUCAGAUGGAAACCAUCCGUACCCAGGUCAGCCGUCAAAAUAUGUUCGUUGUCAGAGAAACCGCACAAUAGCCACGGAGCAAUGCAGUUUUGGUAUAUUUGAUUCUACAGUCAGACAGUGUAGGAUGGCCCCUGCAACAACAGCAACAGUGAUAACAACAGCUAGGACUAACACUUUGGAUUCCUAUUGCAGGAGCAAUCCGUAUGGUGCUAUUGCCAGUCAAACAAAUUGUGCUCAGUACUACACGUGCGCUACGGCGAACACCCCUCUUGGAAACCAUUUAAUGGAAUGUCCCUAUCCGCAGCUGUUUGACGAGCAUACACAUAUGUGUAGAGAUCGUACCUGGGUACAAUGUGGACAAAGAUGGAUGCCUACUUCACAGUGUGAUUACAAAUUGUAUCAGUGUAUAGGCAUUGACUGCCAGAGAUGUCCUGGUCAGGUUCAGCCCUCUGUACAAACACUCGCCCCACCUCAAACGCCGCGACCUACAUUCCCGUUUAUAACAACGCCGGCGUACACACCUUAUCGGACAACCACAUCUUCCGGACCGACCUGUAUCGGACGUCCGGACGGGUUAAAUCCCUACCCUGGACGAGAGUUAACCGCUUACUAUAUUGUAUGUGAUCACGGGAGGGUGAUUGAAACCGGUAUCUGUAUUAUCAACAAAAUUCUAGAUCCUAUACGGCGUAGAUGUACUGAUCCAUCAGACCCUGAUGUGAUUGACGCAUACUGUAGUGCCAACCCAGGAGUCACCAUACCAAGUGUUACGAACUGUGCACAGUACUAUGAUUGUGGAAAUGACGCAAAUGGACAUCGUCACGAGCUGAAAGAAUGUACUUAUCCACAGUUGUUCUCAACAGUAGACAAUACAUGUAAACCAUUUAGUCAGGUGCAGUGUGGCCAACGUGUGGAGCCUGUAUCUCCUUGUGAAUAUCAUCAGUACACGUGCGAUCCAUUGGACAGAAAUUGCAUUCCGUGCCAACAGCGCAUGCCCAGCUGCCAAGGUCUGCCAGAUGGUUUAAAUCCGUAUCCUAACUCACCGGGAACGGCCAGUUAUAUUGUGUGCGACAAAGGACGCACAGUUAAGAUAGAUAAAUGUACUGUUGGCUACUUUGAUUCAACUUAUAGACAAUGCCGAAUGAUCAAACGAGGCUACCAGCAGUCCGGUUUGAAUCCUUAUCAACGCUAAUUUGGACGUUGUGCCGUUAUCAACGAAGCAGCAAUGGAAUACAGGCUAUGUUGACUUUUGUACGCGCGAAUUAAAGAUAAAUAUUUUGAUCUAUGUUUAUAUAAACAAGCGAAUAAAGAGCUGAGAUAAGCUA